ACAUCGAUCCGUUGAAUGGAUAUAGAUUCUAUUCCAAGCCACAGGUGUUUCAAUAUCUCAAAACAGUAAAGUGUGGUAGCUGGACAUUCAAAAAGAGUAAAACCGAUGUUGACAUGCCUUUGGCUGUGGUUGAGAAACAAAUGGUGGAGGAUUUACCGGCAGGGUGGACAAAGGAAAUCAAGAUUAGGCAGAAUGCAUAUGGAAUUAGAAGGGACCCGUUUUACAAGGAUCCAGAAAAUGGAUAUUUGUUCCGCUCCAAAAAGGAUGCUUUGCGCUAUUUGGAAACCGGAGAGAUUAGUAGAUAUACAUUUAAACCAAAGGAAAGUUGCAUCAACAAUGAAGAAUUGAUUAACAGUGAAAUCUCACCAUCAUCUACGGUAAAAAGGCAGAAAUUAAAUCACCCAGCAACCAAGCGGAGGCUUUUUGCAGAUCAGGGAAGUUCUAAUAAGAGCAGUUUAGAAUUGGCAGAAAGCAAGAGCUCGAAGAGAGGGCGAGAAAAUAAAGUAUCUGCUGAACAGAGAGAUGCUUUUGGUUCCACGGUUGAGAUUGUCCAAGACAAGCAUUCAAUGAGGGCAGUCAAGGAGUCUGCUAAAACCAAGGAAAAUAGAGAUCCGGGCAGGCCAGCAUUGCCAAAAUCUGACAGAUCCAAGAGAAAAAGUCAGCCAGAAAACCUCGCUGCUAAUAAUGGGCAUGUUUCAACUCCUGCAGUUGAUAUUCUGCAAGAGAAGAAUGACCUGGAGAAUGUGAAGCAAAGGGGCAGCGGUAGGAAAAAUGAGAUUACUCUGAGCAAGUCUAAGAAUAAGAAAGAGUUUAACUUGCCUUGCCGGUCUUCGAAACGACUUGCUGGGCUUGAACCUGGGCAGGUUGUGAACUCAGUUACCAGUCAAAAAGAUUUUCAAGUUUCAACUAGUAAGUUCAGUGAAAGUGGAUCCGGUCAAAUUUCAGCUUUGGCUCCAUAUGGUUUGUCGAAUGGUGCAUCUCGGCAACUUGAUUAUGGGAAGGAAAUGGUUAAUGCUCAUCUUGGUUCUACAGACAUGAGUGAUGCAUUACAUGGAGAUCUAUCAUCUCAGCAACUGAGGGAUGGGCAGGAAAUUUUGAAUGCACAGCAUGGCUUUACAGACAUGAGUGAUGCUUUACAUGGAGAGCCACAAGGCGAGAGUAAAAAGCCUCUUGAAAACAAAGCUGCUUCUAAAGGGCAACUGGAGAUGCUGGAAAUUGAAAAAAUGGACUGUGAGAAAGAAGCACAAGAGUACUGCUGUCCAUUUGGGAAUUCUUGGUCGGACCCAUGCCUAGAAUUUGCAAUCAAGACUCUUACAGGUGCCUUACCCUUGGAGGACGCUAUUAAUAACAGGGUUGUUUUGACUCCUGCUGAUGAUACCCUGGAAAAAGAGAAAUUGCUCGAGGGUGUGUUAAGAAAGAGCAACAACAGAAAAACUCAGGUUGACUUGAGGAAGUCCAAAAACAAUAAAGAGCUUAACUUGCCUCGACGGUCUUCGAAACGGCUUGCUGGGUUUGAACCUGAGUUGUUGGCCAACUCCCUUUCCAGUGAACAAGCUCUUAAAAAUGCAAGUAGACAGUCUUGUGAAAGUGAAGCCACUCUACCAGUGGCUUUGGCAGAUAGAUCAUCUCAGCAGCUGGAGGAUGGGCUAAACAUGGAGCUUGCACAUCAUGAUUCUAACAACAUAAAAACCCAAGUACUUGGAGAGUCAUCAAACAAGAGCAAAAUGUCUAUUGAACUCCAAAUUGUUCCCAAAGAGCAACCGCAAGUACCUAAAUCUGAAAUCUUGCCAGAACCCCAGCUCUCCUUUCCUCUCGUGGAUUCUUGGUCGGAUCCAUGCCUAGAAUUCGCAAUCAAGACUCUUACAGGUGCAAUACCGGUGGAAGAUAAUUUGGCAGUUCAAGGAACCUUCCAGGAACAACUUGACAUCUCUCACACGAGGAGGAAUGGUGGUUUGGCAUUACCAGAUUUUGGCUUGCCCAGAUUUUUCCAAAAUGAUAUUUCAGGCCAUUUUGCUUCACCCGAACAAUCUGUGGCAGGAAAUAAGCCAUCCAUGAGCUCAUUCCUGGCCCCAGGAAAUGUGAGCUUGCCCAGCUGCGAAGGAAUUGGUUCUCAAAAACCUUGCUCCCAGGGUGAUCAUUCAAUGAAAGGUUAACUUCUAGGAUAAAGGCAGCAAGUUGUCUGGGAUAAUCAAGUAGUAAUCUGCUAAUGAAAUCCCCACUUUCAUGCUUUUGCUAUUUUGUCUUUUGUGAUAUUUGUAACUAUAGCUUCGUGCUCUAUCAUCUGGCAUAGAAGAUCUAGGAAGAGAGAGAGACAGUAUUUUGAGACGGACUACUGUUGUAAGAUUUUCUUUAUUUCAUUUCAUUUUGUUUUUUCAAAUUGACAAGUCAUGAAGAAGUUAUUCAAUGGAUAAUUGGACUUGCAAAUCACGUUUCUUUA